AUGGGGCGGCGAGCACGCGAAGAGAGCGCAGGAGACAGCGUCGACAUCGAGCGCCGUCGCCGCAACAAGCAACUGAAGCUGCUGCGCGACGAUGAGGGCUGCAGUGGCGUCGACUGGAGCUGGAGGACGUUCCUGCAGAAGCUGCACUUCUUCCUGGACAACGAGACGGAGGGGGAUUCGCUCGCGUGGCUUGAGGACGGCGUCCACUUCGUCGUCCACCAGACGAGUGAGGCGCGGCUCGAGACGUGGCUGGGGCUGAGGGUCUGCUCGCUUCACCAGGUGCUGGAGGCGCUCAACUUCCAGUGCAGAGAGGAACUUCGCUGGGAGUACGUCAUCUACCACCACGACUGCUUCGUCCGGGGUAAUCCACUAAAGAUCAAGGAGAUGCUGCAGCCAGACACCUCGGCGGUAUCUAGUAAGGCAGGGGGUAUGACGAUGCCUAACGUCACUUACAGCUCGACACUGAAGCCGCUGGAGGUUCGAUUGAGUCUGUCGGACUCCCACUCGCAGUCUUGGGAAGUCAUGAUCGCACCGAGUGUCCUGCCCCACCCCAACUUCGACGUCCCGGAAGCUUUCAAAGUUGAAGAGAGUUUUGGUGCCGGAAACAGCGCCGACGAGACCUCGUGGGACGACGUGUUUGACUACUCCGAUGAGUGGAGCGACCACGACCUCAGCUCGCCGAUGUGGUGGUCCCAGCGCAGCGACUUCUCCAGCAUCUGCACGGAUGACCUGUCGGACAUGGACACACUCUCUCAGCUCAGCACGUACUUCGGCUGA